AUGAAGUGGACUUUCUACAUUAUAGUGUUUAUUUAUAUGUUUUAUAGAGCAGUUUAUGGGCUAAAAUCUAAGGAAAUAACGAGCUUAUCGAUAGAACCGAUUGAUUAUGGUGCUGACAAAAGCUACUAUCCUGCUGGUAUACGUAAAUCCAUUAGUUGUAAAGCUGCAAAUAAAAACCAGAAGGUGGAGUGGUUAGACCCAAAUGGAAAAAUUGUUAAAAGAAUUUCAACGAAUCGAGUAUUCGUUCAGGAGCAUUUUGUACCGUCAUCAUCAUUUCGCACCCGAGUACCAGCCCUUGUGUUGAUUUUCUCACAUGCUAUUGUGGAUGAUAGUGGUGUUUGGGAGUGCCGUUCUGGAGAUAUAAAGAAAAACGUCUCUCUUUGCAUUAUUGAUCCGUCGAAAUUUGUGGAUACACCAACAGAGGUCAGCGUUGACAGAGGUCGCUCCAUAACGUUAUCCUGCCAAGCAAGAGGAGAUCCAGAGCCGAGGCUGUUUUGGUUCAGAGACGGAGACGUAAUAACAGAGGAUUUGUUACCAUCGAAAUAUAGACUAAUGACUAAAUAUAACAGUCAAGGGUUCGAGGGACUGUUAACAAUUAAUUCCUUGGAACCGGAAGACAGUGGUGUCUACACUUGCGGAGCUCUUCAAGAGAGUCCACUCGUUGAUGGGUGUAUGAAUAACGAAAGCUUUAAUAUUACAUUGCAAGUAAAUUAUGCUCCGGUGUUUGAGGAUGCAAAUGAUACGGAAAUUGUUUAUCAGCAAGAUAAUGAGAGUGUUGAUCUAGUGUGUUCUGCGAAUGGAUUUCCUACACCAACUUACACGUGGUUCCGAGAUUUAGGCGAAACGCUAUUUGAGUUUCCCGAAGAACGAGUAAAUCUGAAACAAGAUGGUACUAAAGCCGUGUUAACAUUGCCUUCUAAUGUUUCGACGUCCGCUCAAAGAUAUAGAUGUCGUGCUAGUAACCAGUAUGGAGAGACGUAUAAAGUAUUUGCUAUACUCAAGUUGGAAAGACCAAAGACGCCUUAUAAGGUAAUAACUCAAGAUGCAGGCCAUGAUAGGGUGCAAUUGUAUGUUUCGUGGGCCGAAGCGAUAAUGUUCCCGGUGAAAGUAAUAGAGGUUCAAUAUUUAAAAAAAAGAAGUUUGCCAAGAAGGAAAAUAGAAACUCUAAAGGAAGCCGACUGGCGGAAAUCCGAGGCUGUAGAAUUAGAUUUGGACUCUACUGAAGAUGUGGAUACAGAUGGCGAAGGUUUGUUAGUUACUUUGACAAAUUUGGAACCAGAAACGGAAUACUGGAUACGUUUACGUGCAGUCAAUGAUGCUGGAGAAUCGUCUUGGACUGAACCGGUUUUGGUGCAAACAGUGGAAAAAACUGAAACAGAAGCUCCGGAUGUAGAAGAGAAUGAAAAUAGUGAAAACGAUGCCAUUGUGAAUGCUGAGUUAAAUUAUUCUGAUGCUACAUUCUAUGGCGUGUUCUUCGCUGGCGGUAUUGUUAUAGUAGCGGUAGCAUGUAUGUUUCUCAUGAGAAUGGUGUAG